UCUCUUCUGGAAGGAGUCGCUGGGAACAGUGCGGUUGGACACAAGUUUGCCUGGGAGUGUUUUCCUUUUGUCAAUAAUUAAUCACCGGAAUCAGUCUGGCAGAAUUGGAGUUUUAGCAGUAGUGCAGAGGGCGGGGCCGAACACCUAACUCCCGGAGGCUGGAGGCACCCCGCACAGUGGGAAGCUCGAAGCAGCUGGGGAGGAGCCAAAACCUUGGUGCUCGCUCACCUAAGCCGCAGGGAGAUACACCCAACCGGGAGAUGAGGAAACUGCAACACAGAGAGAAGUAACACACACAGAAUCAUUCCUCAGAGGAGCAAGAACAAGAACCCAGACCUGGACCCUCCUAGGCAGACCUAACCCUACUGGCUUUCACUAUUCCUCUGCAACCAAAGCUAGGAAUGAAAAAGAACAUUGGAGGUAACUUCUCACUGAAGUCCACCUGCCAGAGCAAGGGAAGACUUUCUGCAGCUUGAAGAAGCCAAUAUGGAUUUCAAGGGCGUGAAGGACUAUUUCUCCUGGCUCUACUAUCAAUACCAAAUCAUUAGCUGCUGUGCUGUCUUAGAGCCCUGGGAGCAAUCCAUGUUCAAUACCAUCUUACUAACCAUUUUUGCUAUGGUCGUGUAUACCGCUUAUGUUUUUAUCCCAAUCCACAUUCGCCUGGCCUGGGAAUUUUUCUCCAAAAUAUGUGGCUAUCAAGGUAUAGUUUCUAAUUGAUCUUGUUUGUAUUCUAUGAAUGGGCAUCACAUAUGUAUAUGUUGCUUACACUGUAUUGAUUUAGGUGGAUACAGUGGGUUCUUUCACUAUCUGACCUGAAAAGCUCUCUCCUCUAUGCAUUUGUAUAUCCUGCCUGAAAUUUGACAUAGAUUUCUCUUUACCUGCUACAUUGUGCGUCAGACCAUAGAUAACACAGUGACCUUACCUCACCUAUCAGAUUCUCUCAACUUAAAUCUGGGACUUUAGAAUUUGUUUUUAAUCAGGAACUUUCAUAUAAACUCUUUCUGGAAAGUAGGCUCAUAAGAAACCUAUCAGAUUCAUACUGAAAAUGCUCCCUGGAUACCUACUCUAUAGUGAAGGAUAUAUUUUUAAAAAAUUUGUUCACAGACUACUGUCAAAGGUAUCCUAUCCUUGUUUACAAUAUACAAAAAUAUCUGAAUAAAUUACAUAGAUCCCCCCAAGUCUUUUUUUCUAGUAACCUGUUGAUACCUAAAAUUCUUUUACUUCAAGUGUAAAACAGUGGGUUGAAGGCGAUUAUCUCCUUUCAUACAUGGUUCAUGAAUUGUUUCAAAUGCCUCUAAAAAUCUGGCUUUAUAACAGUUUAAAAUCUAAAAUGUUGAUUUUUAGAUAAUCCAGUAAGUAUUAUGAUACAAAAUAAUUUUAAAUAUAAGAAGCAAGAUAUAAUCAAAGUAAAGUCAGAUAUUGUGACUUGUGAGGCUGCCUUACCUUGCGUGAUGCUGGGGGAAAAGAGACAAGAAAUUGCUUCUUUUCUGUGCUUUCACUCAGUGGAGGGGGAGAAAAGUCAUAUAUUGGGCUACAGGAAGAAAAGCUAAUAAAUAGACUGGAAGUAAUAUUCUGCCAGCAGGAACUCGACAGCUCCAGUUAAAUGCUUUGAUAUAGUGGCUCCUUUGCAGAGCAAAACCAAGAUUUAUUAAAUUUCCUUCAAAGUGUUUAUCUUAAAAGAAAUUAAAUACAAGGUUUUUAAUUAUACUGCUGAAUCAAAUGUGAACGCCAAAGACCAAAUCUUGUAGCUUUUCUUUCCUCAAUAAAUAUUAAUGUUGGUAAUUCUGGAGGGUAAAAAUAUAAAUGGGUUUUGGACAAUGUUUUCACACUCGUUUGCGUUCUGAAAAAAAAAAUUCCAAGGACAGCUAGAGAGAAAGAUGUUUGGCAUGCUGAAUUAGCUUGCAUGUUUGUUAAAAGACAAAGACACGUGUUUUGAAGAUAAACCAGAUCUGAACAUGUAUUUGUUGAUUUUUGCAAAAUAAAAUUAGGUUUAAUUUUAUAAAUAAAAUGUCCACCUCCAGAUUUGCUUUUUCCUCAUAUUGCACUAAAUAUCUAGGCGCUUUCAUCCAUAUUUCUCCCCAAACUUACCAUUUCUAACUAAUUCAAUGUGGUAACUGACCUUAAGACAGUAGGGUAAGGCUUACAUUUAUCAAAGGUUUUCUCCAAGGUAGACACGUUUUACACAUUGAAGUAGGUAUUAAGGUCUCCCAGUUAUAGGUAAGGAAGCUAAAAAUUGGAAAGGGUACAUUUCUUUCUCAAGGUCCUUUAACUACUAGUGGCAAAGCCAGGAAGUAAAUCCAGGUCAGGACCACAUGGGCCCUGAAAUAUUUGCCACAUGGAAGUCCAUGGGAGGACAAUGUGAGCAAAUGAAAGCUAAUGGGUUGGGGUCACCAACAUGAUGGAAAACAGAACACCAUCAAUAAAAGGGGUAGGAGACUGAGAAUACAGCUAAGAUUAGAGGAAUAAGAAGCCCAGGCCCCAGCUCUGCCUUUGCUGUUUACAUGGUACUGCGUUCACCCAUUUCAAUGCUGUCCAGGCCCAUAUGCCUGUUUUGAAAGACUGCUUUCUCUUCUAAAUAUUUAACAGAAGAUUCUCAGUUAAGCAUGAACUUGGAUGCAUUCCCAGUUCACAAUGAUUCAACACCCUUAAAUACAUGGACCCCUGCUAAGAACUCUUGGAAUUUAAUCACAAAGAUACUACCUUGACCUUCUUAAAAUCCUCCUUCUAAAAAUAAGAAUUAAAAUAAAUGUGAAUAGACACAGAAAAGCUUGAUAAAGGAUAUUGCAAAGCACUACCCCAGGAUGUCACUUCAAAGGUAAGCAUUUCCUCUGUGUAAUCAAAAUAAUACAUACAAGGUCCAAAAAAUAUAAUCAAACAUAGCUUGAACAAAAAUCUACACGCAGAAGGGAAGAAAGCUCCACCAGCCCUGCCUACUCUGUCAGUUUUUCUAGACUAGGCAGAGAUGCUCUUUACCUUGACCAUAGUUAGCCUAGAUUAGGAACACUUUUUAUUUGCUUUUGUUUUGCUUCUAUUAUUUGUAUAUUUUAAUAGUAUGUAUAGAACUUAAAAAAAAAAGCUAAGGGUUUUAUGAGUCAAAUGGGCUUGCAUUUUUCACUCACUAAACUAGGCAUCGUAAGAUACUUCUUCACUGGUAUUGGCCAAGUCAACAAUUACUUUUAUCUACUUGUGCAACAAAAAACACAAAAUGCCAAGAAAUCAGGCAGUUUUAACAUUGAGUUAGCAUAGCCCUGUCUUUAAUAACUCAUGUGAGGAAAAAAAAAAAUCACUAGUCCACAUUUUCUACUUUUCUUUUCUAUCAUUAACAUAUCUGGGUCUUCCCACUAGUAGAGCAUGUGUCCCUGAAAGGCAGGAAAUUUAUCCUUAUUUCUGCAUUCCCAGUUUCUAGCCCAGUGCUUAGUAUAGAGCUGAGCAGAUACACAUCCUAAGGAACAUGACAUAGUUCCCAUACCCUUUGUCCACACAGAAACAAGGAAGCUCUGUAUUUGUGUUGGGCCAACCUGAGAAUGGACAACUUCUGGAUAUUGACCAAAAGAGAAACAUUGAUUUGUUUAUUUAUUCAAUAAAUGUAUUAAAAGUCAACUAUGUGUUGAUGGGUAAAUACAGGAAUGGCAAGAUGACUAGAUAUGUGAGGAAGAAAGUAGAGUAGAAACUAUGGGGUAGGUAUUCAGGUGUUUGUUAAAAAAAAUUCUCCUAACUUUACAUAUGCUUGAAAUUUUUUUUUAAAUAUUUAUUUAUUUAUUUAUUUAUUGGCCAUGCCCAUGGC